AUGCAAGUGGAGCGUGUUUCUAAUCCAGUUCAACCAAGCCUUGCAAUCAUUAUCGCCAUAAUCUCAAUCAUGUUCUCUGUAACAAUUCUCAUGGUUGCCUAUGGAAAGUUCUGCGACACAACUAGGCCUGUUCUCUCUGGCCCUAGACACACCUUUCGUGAUCUUGUUAGAUCAAGAUCUAGAUGUUCCGGGAUUGAUAAAGCAGUGAUUGAAACGCUACCUUUUUUCAGGUUUUCUUCACUCAAGGGAUCCAGAGAAGGCCUUGAGUGUUCAGUUUGCCCGUUAAAGUUUGAAGACAGUGAAGUUCUUCGGUUGUUACCCAAGUGCAGGCAUGCAUUCCAUAUGGAUUGCAUCGAUAAAUGGCAAGAAAGCCAUUGCAGCUGUCCCCUUUGCAGAUGGAGUGAUGUUAACCCUUCAGACUUGAUGUUGUUGAAGUCUGAGAUGCUUAAUAUCAUAUUAAGCAAGAGACUGUCUCCUUUGAAUUCCAGUGUCGAGUUCCACCAUGGCUUUUCCAUGAACGAACAAAUUGUGAAGAUUAAGGAGGACUUGGAUACGAAGAGACUGUAUGAGUUUAAAGUUGGUAAAAUAAAAAUGAGUUAUUCAAUUUCUACUUCAAGCUUUCCUUUAGAUUCUAAAAAUGAAGGAAACCAAACUGCAAGCUCAAGACUACUGAUUCCAGCUCAGAACAGAUCAUUGUCAGAGAUCACCAACAUUUCGAGGUUCAGAGAGUUCAGGACAAGAAACAGGAUCAUAGAAGGAAAUAAUGGAAGAGAUGAAAAGAUGAGGAGGCUUUGGCUCAAGAUAGUAAGGCACACAGUUGAAUGGUUUGCAGGCCGAGAAAGAAAUUCAGAGAGCAAGAGAAAACCAUCAAAUCUGUGA